AUGGGAGAAUCCCCUUUUUCUGUUUUCCCCCCUCACUUUUUAAAGUACUGUGCUUGCUGCACACCACGCAUGCAGCAGGCACACGGAACAUACUGUAGAUAACCAGGCAAAGGCAAGCCGAGUGAUGAAGCGAUGAUAAAGUCAAACAAUACCGUUGUUAACACGAGGGAGCUGUUUUAUAGUCAAAUGAACGCCUGUCCUUCCUUUUGAGAGAUGAUCCAAGCAGGGACUAUUCAUUCAGGACUAGUGCUCUGUGUGUUGGUUUCAUGACAAACGUGUCGGGAUGGAGACGAAGUUAUCUGUUGAUCUGCAUCUGGAUUCCUCUGAAGGAGGUCUGAAGGAGCUCGUGCUUCGGUGGUUCAUUGGGACACAGGCACAGAUCAUUCUGCAAAAUGGAAACUUUCCCAGCUGGUUUCAAGGCUUCACUGGAAGAAAGCAUGCAGAGGAUCUCCUGGCAGAUAAAGCUGCGGGCUCUUUUCUCAUCCGCCUCAGUGAUAAAACCAUCGGCUACAUCCUUUCCUACAAGGGCCUUGACAGGUGCCGCCAUUUUGUUAUAACUCAAAAUCAAGAGGGACUUUUUUUCAUAUCAGGUGACUGUCACACCUACUCCUGCAUCAGUGAUCUUAUAGAUCAUUAUAAAGUAAGCCCUAUCCAGCCAUUUGGAGAGUAUCUGACAACCAGCUGUUUUGAGGCAAACACAGGUGAAGUGUAUGAUGUGGUGAAUUACAAUAGCAAAGGGGAAUCAGGAGUAAGUGUCCAUGCUCUGCAGGGCCGUUGGGACCCGAAUAACAAGAGCAUUGCUGGAAACAAUCAAAGGAUCCAGGAACAAACUGAUGGUGGACGCACCACCGUUCAGCCACCUGCACUGCCACCGAAAUUCAGAAACAAAAAACUGACUGCAACCCAAUCUGUUGACUCCAUGUCCCUUUCUCAGGCUCCUGCUGUUCCAAAAAGGGGUGUUCCACCGGCAUUCUCCCUUAGUGGAUCUUUUUCUGAUACGUCACAACCAAGCAAUACCCAGAAGGUCACAAACAGGGCAAAAAGAGAAAACACAACCUUAAUAACCAGCCGGUCUUCACAUUUAUACACUGACGCAAGCUAUCCUGGGGACCAGGUGGCUCACUCUCAGCAUACGUCUGUGGGUGGCAGAAGCAAGUCUGUCCCAGUGAUAAACAAAAACAAACCAGAUCAACAAGAGGAGACCUACUCAAACCAGUUGAACAGUCCAUCACUCACAGUCUCAGCAUCUCAAAUCCAUGUUCCUGCCAAGACGGUCACAUGCCACACAUAUUCGCUUCAUGACCCCACAGAGUCUUUGACACUGAGCAACCUUUGGUCAGAGGAGCAGAGUUAUGACCUGGAAUUGUUUAGGUCCAACCCGACCUCUGAAAGGCCUAAAAGGAGUUCAGUCUCUCCGAGAGCCACCAUGUAUGCUGAGAUUGAGCAGAAGCCAGCAGUCAUCACUUUCCCUGACAGCACCUACGAACAGGUCCCCGGCAAGUCCAUGGAAAACCAGGCAAACACUUACGAGUCUCUUGAUGAUAUCAAGACCAAGAUGCCCAAAUCUACAUGGGGAAAAAAUGAUAUGAAAUGGAAGAAAUUUCUCCCUGAUUAUAUGAAGAAAUAAAUGUGGAAUGAAUAACCUCUGGAGUGAAAAUACAGAUUUUGACAAAACCAUAUAUGAUAACAAGAACAUUUUAAUGACAGAACACUGUGUUGAUCUUACAACAACUUGUUUCUUGUUCCUACCAAAUCAAGCAUUGUAUAUCAAUUUCAGUCAACAAAUUUGAACUUCUAUUGGUCCAUUCAUUGUCUCUCAAACAUUGUAUUAGGUCAGCACGUGAAGCAGACAUUUUAUAUGACCAGCCAGCUGUCCAUUUAAAUUAGCGCUGGUCCUCCUUAGGGUCACGGAUGAACUGGAUUCUAUUCCCAGCUCACUUUGGGUGAGAGGUACAUCUUGUUGCACCAGCCAAAUCGCAGGACACU